GUAGUUAUAGAGAGGAGCAGUUCAUAGUUAUCAGGCCGUUUCGACAUUCAGUUUCUUCACGGUUUCUUUCUUGUUUCUAAGAGGAACUCGGGCAAAAGUUGGUCAUGGAUUUCCUCUGGUUGUUGUUUAUCUUGCUGAGCGCUUGGUGCUCGUCAGCCGAGCGACACAGCGUCUACUGGAACAGCACAAACCCGAACUUCCUGUGGGAUGAGUACACAGUGCAAGUGCGCAUUAACGACUACCUGGACAUCAUCUGCCCCCACUACAAGCGCGGAGAGAUCCCGUCCCAGGAGGCAGAGCGCUACGUCCUCUACAUGGUGGAGCUAGAGGACUAUGAGGCCUGCAAGCCGCAGUCGUUCGACCAGCUGCGCUGGGAGUGCUCCAGGCCCUUCGCCGCUCAUGCGCCAGAGAAGUUCUCUGAAAAGUUCCAGCGCUUCACGCCCUUCACUCUCGGCAAGGAGUUCCGCCAGGGAGAGAGCUACUACUACAUCUCCAAGCCUCUUCACCACCACGGGCAGGAGUGCUUGCGGCUAAAGGUUGACGUGGUCGGACCUCACAGCUCUAAGAACCACAAGAAGACGACGGUGAAAGAGGAGGAGACGGAGGGUGGAAAGAAUGAGCGGAUGGGCGCGGGAGGAGUGCACAACCCAUCAAACAGGCUUCCAGCAGACGACCCCGCUGCGAUGAUCCCAGUUGUUCAGAGGAGCGUGGGCAGCUCAGCCGUUUCCAUCUCUUCAGUUUCUUUCUUCGUCACGUUGUUUCCCGUCUUGUUUGCCCUGCUUUUACACAGAGACUGAGGACUUUGACAGCUGGAUCUCCUGUUAAACAGACUUUAACGCCAGUGCUGGUCGCUGGCUUUGAAAAUAGUUUUUAUACAAAGAUUUUUUUUUUUUUUAAUGUGAUCUGAAGCUGGUGUGCAAGUUCCUGCGUGAAGUGCUUGUGUUUGUGACCUUCGGAGACGAGAAUUCUUUUUCUCUCUCUUUUUUUAAACGGAAGAACAGUAUUACCUACCAACUUUUCCUGUUUACCAUGUUGUUCUACUUUGCUCCUGUAGCCUGUGUUUGGUUUUUAUAUAUAUAUAUAUAUAUAUUUUUUGUCUCCACUUAAAGAGUACCCAGUGUUCAGAACUGAGGACCUACCCCAUAAGCAGCAACUGGAAAAGGAGCGAAUGUGUAAUUACUAGUUCUCAUUAGACUUUGUGCAUUGUACAACUUUCAUUUACCAUAUUUAACACUGAGCCAAAGAAUAAGGUGCUGUUGCACCUUAGGUGAAGAGGCUUCAUCAUCAUGUAGAAUCUGACAUCUAGCCAGUUCUUGGUAUGUUUUAGCAUAGCCGUCAUCCACGUUUCCUUUUUCCUCAACAGCCAGUUUGUGUAAGCACUAUGUAAUUAUACACUAAUUGUGAAUCUCCAUGGGCAAAUGGAGAUGAGUGGACAUCAAAACACAGAGCGAUGAGCAGGAAAAAAAGGACAAAAAGAUUUUGCUGUUGUAACAGCCUUGUAUCUCCAAACUAGCAACAUUAAUGCAUGUUAAAGAUACCCCCCCCCCCACACACACACACUUUUCUCUACAUAAUUUAACGUUUAAUUGUGAACAAAGUAACUCAGAACAGUUUGAUGUGAAAUAGUUUGUGUAAAGAAACUUGCCGACUCGGAUUUCUUUACAGUGGUGGUGAUGGGAACCAGAGGUUGCGAUAUGUACAGCACAAAUAUAACCAUUACUUUAUAUUUGCUCACCAGAACAACCAGUGAACCCAUGUGAGCUUUGAUAUGUAGUGUUGAUAAUGGUUACAUUUUUAAAAAGUUACCUUUUGUUUUUUAUUUUUACAAAGCCUUCCAUGCACCCCUCCAUGCAUGUAUUCAGAAAUUCAAAAUAUUAAAAAUAUUUAAGGCCAAAAUCUAUCGAAAAAAUAAAACGAUCUCAUCGUAUUUUCUGUGAGGGAACUUUUAGAGGUGGACGUCUGGUUCCUGUCACCACCACUCUGAACAAUUCUUACGUUUCUCUAGAUUGAUCUAUUUCACACAAACCACUCCGAAUGACUUUGUUUAUACCUUAGCCACUUUAUAAUGCUGACAUUUUGCAAAACUGGUGGAAUUCCUCUUUUAAUGUAGCACAAUUUCUAUGGAUUCAUUCAUCAUGAAAUGUUCACACAGUGUAAAGGGCAGCUGGCAUUUUCAAAUGCAAAACAAAAUGGAGAUACAAGGUUUUAUGAUGGCAGUCAUAUAUAGUGGUACUGAGUGGUGUGUGUGUGUGUGUGUGUGUGUGUGUGUGUGUGUGUGUGUGUGUGUGUGUGUGUGAGAGAGAGAGAGAAAGGAGCAGGUUUUCUCUUUUUUACAUCAGAACACUCAGUACAACUGUAUAUGUGCAAAUGGACAUAAGUUGGCAGGACAGUAUCUACUAAAGCUGUGUUUUGUUUACUUGUAAAUAGUUGUGUAAAAAUGUACAUAGAGAGAUAUAUAAAGACUUUGUUAAUUAUGAAACUGUGGUAAAUAAAAAAAUGACUUGUGAA